GCCAUGGGAUAACGGAUGUCGCCCGAGUCUAGCUGCUCUAAGUAUUAUGUUAAAAAGAGGAAAUGCGUUUAGGCAGCGUUUCCCACGACUUUGAUAUACCCGAGAGCAUAUACCUCCCCGUUGUGUUCGUUUUGAACUCGUUUAAAAGUGUAGAGUGAGGAUUUGUUUAGUCAGGAUGGCGUCCGCUCGACAAGACUACGUCGCCCCGUGGUGGACUUACUGGCUUCACAACUUCCCACACGUUAAUUUCCAUUUCCAAGCAGUUGAUAGUGCCUUUAAACCGGGGGAAGUAAACUACCACCAGUCUCUGAUCUUUCUGGCUUGCAUGGCAGCUACGGGCCUGGGCUUGAGCCUGUUGCUGCUGGGUAUCUAUUUAAGUUGCCUGUGCUUCUGGCGUAGGAAAGAGGCAGAGGAGACCAAGAGGCCUGACACUUGCUGUGUCACAUGGGCCGCCGUGAUCACGGGCCUGGUCAUAUGUUCUGCAGUAGGAGUGGGUUUCUAUGGAAACAGUGAAACCAACGAUGGCGUCUACCAAAUGACCUAUUCACUCUAUAACACCAAUCACACUUUGGCUGGCAUCGAUAGCCAGGUGACUGGCUCUUUGAGCAACAUACAGUUACGGCUAAAGGAGCACCUGGCACGGCUGGAUGAGAUCUUUUCGCCUCGGCAGGACUACACCCAGACACUUCGCUUCAUGCAGCAGAUGGCUGACAAUAUCAUCCGACAGCUCACUGCCAUGCCCAACAUCAGCCAGGCCAGACAGGACCUUGAAACAGUCGCUGAUCAGGCCAGCUACAUCGAGUAUUACAGAUGGCUGAUGUAUCUCCUGCUGCUGAUUCUAGACCUGAUCAUCUGUCUGGGAUGCUGUUUGGGGCUGGCGAAGCAUUCUCGCUGGCUGCUCACCCUUAUUAUGGUGUUAGCUAUGCUGACUCUUAUACUGAGCUGGGCAUCACUUGGGGUCGGCAUGGCCACUGCAGUGGGUGCCAGCGACUUUUGUGUGGCCCCUGACAAAUUUAUUGUGAAUCAAACAAAGGACUUCCUGCGUGAAGAUGUAGCCCAUUACUACCUUUACUGCAGCCAGACUCUACUCAAUCCUUUUCAGCAGCCGCUGACCAUCUUCCAGAGGUCCCUGACAACCAUGCAGAUUCAGGUCCAAGGCUUGCUUCAGAUUUCUCUCUCAGUCUUCCCCACUGCUGAGAGGGAUCUGUUGGGCAUUCAAGGGAUUCUGAACACCACAGAAAUAAGCUUGCACCAGCUCACAGCCUUGCUGGACUGCCGCAGUCUGCAUAAGGACUAUCUGGAUGCCCUGGUGGGAUUGUGUUAUGAUGGGGUGGAGGGCCUACUCUACCUGUGCCUUUUCUCACUGCUGGCAGCCUGCGCCUUUGGCGCCAUGCUGUGCACCAUUCCACGAGCAUUUAUCCUUAUAGCCAACAGGGACAGGAACUAUGACGACAUAGACGAGGAGGACCCGUUUAACCCGCAGUCACGGCGCAUGGCCCCAUACAACACAAGUCGUACAAAUGUGCACAGCUUCUGCAGCUACAGCAGCAGCCUUGGAAGCCAGAGCAGCCUGCAGCCACCACCGCCAGCCGCCUCCACCGCUCCCCCUCCAGAGUACAUGAAUCAGUCAAUGCUGUUUGGAGGAAAUCCUCGAUAUGAAAAUGUGCCACUGAUUGGAAGAGGUUCACCACCACCUUCGUAUUCACCCAGCAUGAGGACCACCUACCUGUCUAUGACUGAUGCCCAGAUACGACACUUUGGAAAUGACUACCAUGUAUAAAGCGUGAGUGUCUGAACCCCCGAAGAAGCCGAGACUACCCUGGAAUACUCAUAGAUGAUAUUUAAAUCAGAUUUUUUUUUUAUCUCUCGUGGAUACAUUUUCUUCCCUGUUCUCCUUAUAGAGGAAUUCAAGACCUGCAGUUCAUGCUGUGUUGAUUGAUUCCAGAAAGACUCAAGAGACCAGUAACCUCUCUAAAGAGGAGGCCAUCCAGGUUAAUAGCGUACAUCCUGUACCCUGUAAAUACAACUUUUUGGUCAGUACACGAAAAUAUACAAACUGUGAAGUUGAAAAAAAAUAAAAGGUUGGAUUUGCUACACACAUGCUAUCAGUUCCAUAACAAGCCUUUCAGUUGUCUGUGUGUAAUAAAUUCACACGGGAACGAAACCGAAACGAUCGCCUGAACAGGAUUCCACAAUAAAACACAUUGGUUGUUCUGCAUUGUAAAGAAUAAAUGGUGCUUCUACCUGCAGAGUUUCUGUACAUAAUUGUGACAUCUCAAUGAAAUGAAGUGUUACCUCAUCGCUGCUUGAAAAAAACAACAACCCAAAUCUUACAUUUUCAAGCAUCGAGAGCUGUAUCACAUGUCAGGACUGUAGUUUAACCAUGUGUUGAAAGAUUUGAUUCAUUUUUAGGCUCAGAUUUGAGAGAACCUCUGUGUUGAAAUAGCUUUCUGUUACUCAAUGCAAGGUCAAGGCUGAAGCAGUAAAUACUUUCAUAUAUGUAAGCUGAUGUACUGUGUGAAUAUGGCUGAGCUGCGUUAAGUUGUUGCUUUUUAAGUGCCAGAUAGGCAUAAGAAGUUUUAGGCAUCACUCACUGAAUGACUUGCUGAACAAGAUUGAAAUUGUACUUAUACUGUUAAAGAUAUAUAACCUGAAUUCUAACUUUGCUCCUUUAUGAUGUCUUUAUUCUCAGAAGUGGGUUUUUUUCUAUUGUUUUGGACCAGUUGGGAAAAUGUAAAACUUGAUUAAAUGAAUAAUUUGUUCAUUUUA